CUCUCUGGGACAAUCUGCAUGCACACAGCCCCAGCACAGAUCUGUUUCAGCACGGUGGAGUAAAGAGCACAGCAAGACGGGGAAAAAAGAAACAGGGUUUAAAUGAAGAAAGAAAAGUUCAGAUAGACAGCUAAAGUGGGUCAAGAAAAAAAGAUACAGCUAAAAGAGACUUUGAAAAGCAGGGAAUAAAAGUGUGAAGAAAGUGAGGCUGAGAGACAGGCGGAGAGUGGAGCGUGUGAGUUCUAAAGAGAAUGGGCUCCCUGGUGAGCGGUGCUUCUGCUCUUCUCUUCACGUUCCUGCUCACUUUGCUCUUUGGACUUUCUUUGGUCUUAUCUCAGGAUUUGAGUGAGAGGGAUGCUUUGUGCAAUGCAGACGGCUGCUUUGUGGUCUACUUCCAACGCAAGACCUUCCUGGACUCAUGGAGGGCCUGCAAGGUGAAAGGUGGCAACCUAGCUACCAUUAAACGCAGGCAGGAUGCCAACGAUAUCGCCACUCUCUUCUCCAGUCUGGAUUUGCGCCACUCCCGCACCAGCGUCCAGGUAUGGAUUGGCCUUCAGCGCCAGCCUCGCCAGUGUUCCUCCACACGCCCACUGCGGGGUUUCUCUUGGACUACCGGUGACCACGACACGGACUAUACCAACUGGCAGAAAGAGGACUCCCCUAGUAUGUGCUCGGUGCCACGCUGUGUGGUGAUGGGCUACAGCACUCAGGAGCAGAGUGAUAACUUCAAAUGGCUGGAUGGUUCCUGCUCAGUCUCUGUGGAUGGGUAUCUUUGCCAUUAUGGCUACAAAGAAAUGUGCCCUGCCUUGUCGGGUGAAGGAACAGGCAAUGCCCUCUACACCACACCGUUUAACCUCCUAAGCACACUGCUAACCCAUAUUCCCUUUGGAUCUGUUGCUACCGUGCCCUGCCCUGCUGGCACCAAGGAGGAACAGUCAGUGUUGUGUAUGCUGAAGGAAGAUGGCUCAGUGGGGUGGUCUAGAGAUUCCCCCCUCUGCUCCGAUCCCCACGAAACAUACAACUGGUGUGACCAGAAUAACGGUGGAUGUGAGCAUUUCUGCAGGCCGGCCGGUGUUCACUUCUUCUGCGAGUGUGCUGAUGGAUAUCAACUGGGGGACAAUGGGCAGAACUGUGAGCCGUCUGAUGUCUGUCAAGGGGCCCCCUGUGAGUUUGAGUGCCUGCCCCUCUCAGAUGGGUACCGUUGUGCCUGCCCUGAAGGGUACAUGCUUGCAGCAGAUGAUCGCAGCUGUCUGGAUGUAGACGAGUGCCUCCAGAGUCCUUGCGAGCAGAUUUGCAUGAACGUUCCAGGGACAUUCGAAUGUAGAUGUCGGGAGGGAUACCAUCCUGAUGAAGACGGCGGGUGUGAGGAUAUAGAUGAGUGUAUAAAUGAUCCAUGUGAACAUGCCUGUGAGAACACUCUGGGCUCUCAUAUCUGCCACUGCCAUCUGGGUUAUUCCCUCAUGCCCGAGGACCCAAGCAAAUGCCAAGACACUGACGAGUGCCAGAUCCCCGGGACCUGCGAGCAGAUGUGUGUGAAUUACGAGGGCGAAUUUGAAUGCUACUGCGAGGAAGGCUACGAACUCAUGUCUAAUCACUUCUCAUGUCGCAAGAUAGGACAAGGAGAUGAAGAAGCUGCUGUCACCCCUCCCUUUGCUUGGGUGACCAACCAGCCUGGACCUCUAUGGGACCCUGUGGACUACGACCGGAACCCACAGCAGGGCCACACUGACUGGCCUCCAGAGGACGAGCAGGCUCUGGACUGGCUGACCGACCCACCCAGAGUUUUGGAUCCUGAUGUCAUAUGGGUCACCAGCGCCCCCCAGGAAGAAAUGCUCUUUGAUUUAGCCCUGGUCACUCCAACAAAGCAGGCUGAGAAAGAGUUUGACGAUGGAGAAGCGGACAGGGGACAGUGGGGGCAGAGACCUGGGUCUUACCUGGACAUUUUGCCGACCACAAUCUACACAGCGCCUCCCCCUCCCACAAAGUCCAGCCCUACCCCAGACUGGUACGAUGAUGACGAGGAGGAGACCACCACGGCUCUCCCCUUCCUUUCCACCUCAACAAUCUCUGAGGGAGCGGGGAAUUGGUGGGCCACUUCCAGCCAGAAACCAGAAAGUACAGAACAUUCUGUCAUUGACCUCAACAUGCCUCCGGAUUCUGGCUUCCACAAUGCGAAAGAAGAAGAAGAGCAGUACCACCUUAGGGAAACCUCCCCAGAGGAGGAUUAUGAGGAGGAGGAGGAGGAGGAGGAGGAGGAGGAGGAGGAGAAGGAAUUAGUGGAGGUCACAACCCAAAAUGUUCCCACACAGCCGACUCCUUCCCAGCCAACCAACCCAAGCGAGAUCUUUGACGUCACGGUUUCUGUCCAGGAAGAGCGGGGGCAGAAGGAGAGCAGCACCUGGCUCCUGGUGGGGCUCCUGGUACCCAUCUGCAUCUUCUUCGUAGUGAUGGUGGCCCUGGGCAUCGUCUACUGCACCCGCUGUGCUGUUCAUUCCCGCAGCAAGAACGCCACUGACUGCUACCACUGGAUCUCUGGGGCUCACGAUAAACAAGGAGCUCCUAACCUCUCAGCAGGGGUCAAGACCCACGUUUAAAGAGAGAACAGAGAAAGUGACAUUUACAUAAACAGACUCUGCUUCAAAGGUAAGCAGGAGUGAAUAAUGGAACUGGGACAAGCUGACUGUUGAACUGCCCACUCUUUGAACACAUUUGGAUUUUACUUUUAAAUAUCAAUGGAUUGAAGCGGAAAAACACUGAUAUCAGAGAAUAAUGUGGGUAGACAUGUAUUCAUUUUCAAAAUGUCACACUUGAGCCAGAUCCAGAACUGAUGCCAUUCGACCUUAUUGUGAGAGCAAAAUUUUACCAUGAGGUUUCAAAUAUGCAAAAUCCUCAGGCUCAGUUUUUACAAUAGCAUAUCACUGUAGAUAACUUGUACUGUCAACUGUGUUAAAGGGAUCAAAAUGCAUUGCUAGCUCGCAUAAAAAAUGGGUGAAAUAGACUGUAAUCAAAUAUCCCUUCAAGAGAUAAGACAUUCUGCAGUCCCAUUAUAAUGCUGGGAAGCAGCCAUUUGAAAAUCACUGUGUUGAAUGUUUAAUAAGAGACCAAAACCUUAUUUGUAUAUAGUGGUUCUUUUGUAUUUAUGUUUGUUGCAUAUUUUUCACCAGCAAUUUUAUAGAAAAUGUAACAAUUCAAUGACGUACCUUCUUUCAUGGAGCCCAUAAACCUAGUGAAAUGUAAAGGAAUGUUUGCACAUGGGAAUAGUUUUCCCCACUCAUGCCCAGUUUAAGAGCACUUCUCCUUUCCUUGACUUUUCUUUUAUUGCGUUUUCUAAGAGGUUAGAGUGCAGGUGUUCACACUGCACAGGGAAUGUUGUAGGGGCUUGGUUGACAUUAGCCAUGGCCUUGUUCAUGAUAUGGCCAUCAAUCACUCUUCGUAACCCUAAUUCAUUAUUACAGCCAUACACGUUUUGUCUUAAACCAGCCCUGAAAUGUUGUACGGCCGUGUUGGAUUACACCCAGCUGUGUGUGCGACACAUCGCUGCUGCAGCUUCAGAUGUUUUCAAACUGAACAAACAUGUUCCAUAAAUCUCAGAUUCCAAAAUGUUCACAUGUGGAUAGAAAGCUACAUUUACUUGUUUGGAGAAGUGCAAAUUGGAUAUUAGGGUGUAUGUCUAACCCUAACAGACCAAAGGCAAAACAAUGAAAGAACAAAAGGUACUUACAAGUUAACAAAAACAAAUUCAGGAUUAAAUGGAUUGAUGCCUGAAACAAAGUGCCAAUCCAAAUGUACACAUGAAAUGUGUCUUUACUUUAAUAAUAGACUGUGAAAUGUAAGAAACAUCAAAAGUAUUUUCUUUGUUACAUUUUAAGAAAUUGUGAAUUAAAAACUAUG